AAUUCUCAUCUCAAACUAAUUAAUAAUUAAUACACAAAUCACUCUAAGCAUCGAUCUUUCUUGAGUUUCACACAAACUUAAAACAAUGGCGACCAAGAUAAUGGUGGUUCUGGUCCUUUUCCUCGUCUCAUCCCUCUUCAUAGCUUCGCAAGUUGCAGCCACUAAUCAACAAGCUGAGACUGAACAGCAAGGAACAGAAGGUGGAUACCAUGGAGGCGGACACCGCCACUACGGCGGAGGCGGACACUACGGCGGAGGCGGACACCACGGCGGCGGCGGCGGCUGCCGCUACCGCUGCGGACACCACUGCUGCAGCGCUGCUGAGAAGGCCGAGUUCGAUGCUCGAGCCCAGACCCAAAACUGAACACAAUUAAUUAAACAGACAGACUCAACGUGCAUCAAGAAUAAACUCCCUUCCUUAUAUAUGUAUAUGUAUGUAUGUAUGUAUGAAUAAGUUGUGUGAGAGAGAUGAUCAGUCGUCAUCUACAUCUCUGCAUCAUUCCUAUAUCGAUCGUGUAAUGCUGUGAACCUUUCUACGUACACUGCUUUAAUUUUAAUUUUAGUUUUUAUGCCA